CAGAGAUCAUGCCGAGCCCAAGAGCCACUGCAAGUGCCCUAAUUGAUCUCUUCAGCGAAUUUAAUCUCUCUGUAAAGGAUCUUGUAGCCCUCUCUGGUUCUCACUCAAUCGGCAACGGACGCUGUUUCUCAAUUGUCUUCCGCCUCUACAACCAGUCGGGAACGGGUAGGCCUGACCCUGUCAUGGAACCCAAGUUCAGAGAGAAGCUUGACAAGCUCUGCCCUAUCGGUGGAGACGGGAACGUAACAGGGGACCUUGAUUCAACUCCACAUGUGUUUGAUAAUCAGUACUUCAAGGACUUAGUUUCUGGGCGAGGAUUUCUCAAUUCAGAUCAAACGCUGUACUCAUCCAAUGGAACGACUCGAGAAUACGUUCAACAAUUCAGCACUGAUCAAGAGGCGUUCUUCAAAGCUUUUGUGGAGGGAAUGGUGAAGAUGGGUGACCUGCAAUCUGGUCGGCCGGGCGAAAUCCGGAGGAACUGUAGAAUCAUUAACAGCCCACCUGUGGAAAUCUUGAUGAAGUCAUGAGAUGAAUGGAUAGAAGAGUGAGAGAAAAGAUUAACAUUAUCAAUGUAAUUGUCUGAGCAGUGAUACCACUGUAGUAUUUGAUAGAAUGUAUCAAAGAUAAGAUUAGAUGUUAGUGCUC